CCUAACUAAUGCCUCUCUCCUUUUCUUUAUUUGGUAAAGUGUAAAAACUCUAAAAUUUUCCAAGAAAAUUGGCUUUCUCUCUAUCAUAUUCAUUGGUGAGGAAACAACAAGUAGCUGAAAAUGAUGUGGUGGAGUUAAGGGAUGCAAUAGAUGGGGAGAUGCAUUUUGUGGUCUUGGAUUGGAAGGGCUUGACCUCUGUUUCUGUAUUUGAAUAGUUAUAAUAUACUACUUCUUUGUCUCCUACAGCUCUGUUUGAUAAAGAUCUGAGUCCUAGUUACUUUUUUUGCAUUCCAUGAGUGUGGAAAUUUACUAAAGCCAUCUCGUAGCUUCUUCCCCAAGAUGGAGUGGAAUGCAAAGUGGGACUGGGGAAACCUGGUAAUGUUUGGUUCAGAGGCCGCCAAAAGUCCAAAAGAACUACAAUUAACAGAUUGGGGAAUUGAAGAUGGAGAACUUGAUGCUGGAUCCUUCAAUUUGUCGAGUGGUGGUAGUGGUAAUGGUACCGGUGGUUAUGUCUCUGAUGUUGGGCGUGGUUCUUCGAUCAAGAGCUCAAUAUCAGCUUCUACUGACUCUUCACCAAAUGAGGGCUUGAAAGCAUCCAACUUUUCUUUCGAUGGCUCUCCUGAGGAUUUUAGUAAGAAAGUGAAACUUUGCUCUAGAAAUUCACCCCCCAUGGAGGCUUCAGUAGGCUCUGUUGAACCACUUAUAGGUCUGAAACUUGGUAAGCGGACAUUUGAGACCAUCGGUGGUGCUAAGGUUUCAUCCUUCCCCGAGAAACACGUAUCAUCUGCUGCAGCAGCAAAGAAAACAAAAUCAUCUACUCAGAAUGCACCAACUCCUCGCUGUCAGGUUGAAGGCUGCAGCCUUGAUCUUUCAUCAGCUAAAGAAUAUUACCGGAAGCAUCGAGUUUGUGACAGUCAUUCCAAAUGCCCAAAGGUCAUUAUAGCAGGUGUAGCACGUCGCUUUUGUCAACAGUGUAGCAGGUUCCAUAGCUUGUCUGAAUUUGAUGAAAAGAAGAGAAGCUGUCGCAGGAGGCUCUCUGAUCACAAUGCACGGCGCCGCAAACCACAGCAGGAAACCAUCCAGUUCAACUCGGCAAGGCUUUCUUCAUUGUUUUAUGAUAGCAGGCAACCUAUGAAUCUUGUGCUCAACCAUUCCCAACUGGUUCAGUCUGGAGCUGCUGCUAAUUCUACCUGGGAAAGCACUGAAGAAACUAAGUUCAGUAUAACAAGAGGGUCUACUCCAAAGCCUGAAAGAGCUGGCAGUACAAAUGGGCAGUCAUUAUUGCCAGGGAUCCAAUUUUCACGGGCCGUGGGUGCACACAGUAAUGUAUCUAGCUGCUUGCUCUUGCCCUCCAAGGGCCACACAGCCGAGGUUUUCAAUCGAGGUACCACGGAAUCCAUGUUCAAUAUGGGUACAGGACGGGAAUUUCCUCGUGCUCUCUCUCUUCUGUCAACUAAUUCAUGGGGUUCAUCCGAGCCUGAGACUGUUUCACUGAACAACCCAACACAUGCAAAUCAGAGCAGCAUGCCCGAGCAGAUGAUGCAGGCAAUUCCACAAGGUGUGCCACUUAUGUCCUGUGAAUACUGGCAGGGUGGACAACCCUCAUCCGAUCCUCGUGACCAUACAUUGGCUGCUAAUAGUCAUGCUGGUGGUAGCUUUCAGGGAAUCGAGCUGUUCAAACCUCCAUUUGACACAGACUUUUAUCUCAAUGCAUUGAACUGAAGCCAACAUCUGAUGUCUUUAGUGGAUUUUGGGCAGCUCCCCUUUUCGCUUUUUGACACGUUAUCAAGCAGGAGGUUUAUUAGUAAGCUAUUUCAAGCAGUCUGUUUGCCAUCUUAAAUUAGUACUGGUAUAUAUAAUAUAUAUAUAGGUUGGGCAUUGACUCCAAGAAAGUUUGCUUAAUUUAGGCAGUGACAAGGGUUCUUAAGAAUUGUAGUUUCUUUAUUCUGCAACUUAGAACAUAACUGCACAGGCCCCGACUUCCAAAUGACUGUUCUGUUCUUUUUCACCAUUUUCUGGAGUGUUGACGAAUUAGUAUUUUGCUGAGGUUCUAUUCUACUUUUAUUUUCAUUCA